AGAGAGCCCGCGAGAGCGCGCGCACGGGAUUCGCUUGGCGCGGAGUUUCUUGGGGUCGCUGAGGUAGGACCGCCGCGGGAGCCGGAGCAGCACCAUGUCGUCGCCCGCCUCCACCCCCAGCCGCCGCCGCGGCAAGCGUGGCCGAGGCAGCAAUCCCCCGACUCCACAAGAUGCUCGGUCUCCUCCUUCGCAGAAGCGUCGGACAGACGACUCCACCUCCACCGGAGACCUGCAGCCCAUGCCCACCUCUCCGCCCGCCGAAGUGCAGAGCCCCAGCGCCCCCGAUGCUCUCUUCUCCAGCCCUCCGCAGUUCCGCCACUCCGCUAUUCCUCUUGACUUCGAUAUCAGUUCACCUCUGACUUACGGCACACCCAGCUCCAGGGUAGAAGGUACUCCACGAAGUGGUGUACGCGGAACUCCGGUCAGGCAGAGGCCGGAUCUCGGGUCUGUCCGUAAAGCCAGACAAGUCGAUUUACACUCGGAUGGGCCGGCUGAGGAUGUAGUAGCAACCGAGCAAUCUCUUGGACAAAAGCUUGUUAUUUGGGGAACAGAUGUUAACGUAGCCUCAUGCAAAGAAAAAUUCCAGAGGUUUCUUCAGCGUUUCAUUGAUCCGCUAGCUAAAGAGGAUGAAGACAUUGGCUUGGAUCUUAAUGAGCCACGCUAUAUGCAACGGCUUGAAGAGAUUAAUAUGAUUGGGGAACCAUUCCUGAAUGUAAAUUGUGACCAUCUAAGAUCAUUUGAUGAAAAUCUUUACAGGCAACUGAUCUGCUAUCCUCAGGAAGUUAUCCCAACAUUUGACAUGGCUGCCAAUGAGAUCUUCUUUGAUCGUUACCCUGAUUCAAUAUUAGAACAUCAGAUUCAAGUAAGGCCGUAUAAUGCACUGAAGACUAGGAAUAUGAGAAGUUUAAACCCUGAAGAUAUCGACCAACUUAUCACCAUCAGCGGUAUGGUCAUCAGAAGCUCCCAGUUAAUUCCUGAGAUGCAAGAAGCAUUCUUUAAAUGCCAGGUUUGCGCAUUCACCACCAGAGUAGAAAUUGAUCGUGGCAGGAUUGCUGAGCCAUCAGUAUGCAAGAACUGUAACACAACACACAGUAUGGCGCUGAUUCACAAUCGAUCCAUGUUCUCUGACAAACAGAUGAUCAAACUGCAGGAGUCUCCUGAAGAUAUGCCAGCUGGACAGACCCCUCAUACGGUUGCACUGUUUGCUCACAAUGACCUUGUUGAUAAAGUUCAGCCAGGUGACAGAGUUAAUGUCACAGGUAUCUACAGGGCAGUCCCAAUUCGAGUUAAUCCAAGGGUCAGCAACGUAAAAUCUGUCUAUAAGACCCACAUUGAUGUCAUACACUAUCGCAAGACAGAUUCAAAACGUCUGCAUGGUGUUGAUGAGGAAACAGAGCAAAAAAUGUUUACAGAGGAACGUGUGGAAAUUCUAAAAGAGCUUUCUAAAAAAAGAGACAUAUAUGAGAGACUUUCUUCAGCAUUGGCCCCAAGUAUCUAUGAGCAUGAAGAUAUCAAAAAGGGUAUUCUGCUGCAGCUUUUUGGAGGAUCAAGAAAGGAUUUUACUCACACAGGAAGAGGCAAUUUUCGUGCUGAGAUCAACAUUCUUCUCUGUGGUGAUCCUGGUACUAGUAAAUCACAGCUGCUCCAGUACGUGUAUAACCUGGUUCCUCGAGGCCAGUAUACAUCUGGCAAAGGCUCAAGUGCAGUUGGUCUUACUGCGUACGUGAUGAAGGAUCCAGAAACGCGGCAGCUGGUUCUUCAGACGGGUGCUCUAGUACUUAGUGACAAUGGCAUUUGCUGCAUUGAUGAGUUUGACAAAAUGAAUGAAAGCACAAGAUCAGUGCUACAUGAAGUAAUGGAACAACAGACUCUCUCCAUUGCAAAGGCUGGAAUUAUUUGCCAACUGAAUGCUCGUACAUCGAUCCUAGCAGCAGCUAACCCUAUAGAAUCACAGUGGAAUCCAAAAAAGACUACUAUUGAAAAUAUCCAGCUUCCUCAUACACUGUUGUCAAGAUUUGACUUGAUCUUUUUAAUGUUGGAUCCACGCGAUGAAGCUUAUGACAGACGUCUUGCUCGCCAUUUGGUUUCAUUGUACUACCAAAGUGAAGAAAAGAUGGAGGAGGAGUACAUGGACAUGGCAGUAUUGAGGGAUUACAUUGCAUAUGCUCGUAGUUAUAUAAAUCCUAGGUUAAGUGAAGAAGCAAGCCAAGCCCUUAUUGAGGCAUAUGUGGACAUGAGGAAGAUCGGUAGUGGCAGGGGAAUGGUUUCUGCAUAUCCUCGACAACUUGAGUCUCUGAUCCGACUGGCAGAAGCGCAUGCUAAAGUACGCUUUUCUGAGAAAGUUGAAACAAUUGAUGUAGAAGAAGCAAAACGCCUCCAUCGGGAAGCCCUGAAACAGUCUGCUACUGAUCCAAGGACCGGAAUUGUGGACAUAUCCAUUCUUACUACAGGAAUGAGCGCAACAGCUCGUAAGCGGAAAGAAGAGUUGGCUCAAGCCUUAAGGAAGCUUAUCCAGUCAAAGGGUAAAACGCCGGCUUUGAAGUACCAACAGCUUUUUGAUGAUCUCCGAGCACAGUCUGAUACAGCUGUCACUAAGGAAAUGUUUGAAGAAGCGCUUCGUGCCUUGGCUGAUGAUGACUUCUUGACUGUGACUGGAAAGACUGUUAGACUGCUGUAAGUUAGCCAUUCCUUGCAAGCCAGCUGUCACAGCUUCACUUCGCCUUACUUAAGAUAGUGUCAGUCUGCAAGAUCUUUGAGAUUUGGGACUAUCAUUUUUCAUGACAAGCAUAGCUUUUCCUUGUAAACCAACCGUCAUGGCUUUACUUCACCUUACUAUAUCGCCAGUCUGCAAGAUUUUCAGGAUUUGGGGCUAUCAUUUGCUAUGACAAGUGUAGUGACAAUUAAGUGGCACUUCUGUCAGCACAAGAGAUUACAAAGGACAUAAAAAAUCCUUAGCUGAAUAAUGCUAUUUACAUUUUAGCUAAAUGUAAUUACUAGUAUGUCAAGUGCCAUAUAUUUUUAUGAGGUUUUGUAGAACACGCUAACAAUGUUGUAUGUAUUUCAAGUUGAAUUGUAAAAAUUCAUCUUAAGUGACUUUUUAGUAAACACAAUUUGACUCCUAGUAUUUCUGUAAUCUGAAAUAAAGUUAUUUGACUUAAAA